AUGGGUUCAUCAUCCAUGAGAAUUGCAGCAAUUGUUUUUUACCUUUGCUUUCUCACCGUUGCAACAUUUCAUAAUUGCUUUUGCAAUGGAAACUCCAACAUUGUUUGCUCCAAAACUGAAAAGCAAGCCCUUCUAAAAUUCAAGCAAGAUCUUAAAGAUCCUUCGAACCGGUUGUCCUCUUGGGCUGGUGACAACUGUUGUCAAUGGUCCGGAGUUGUCUGCGACAACUUCACUGGCCAUGUCCAUGAGAUCCACCUUCCUUUUAAUUAUAGUGAUGUUGAUUGUCAUUAUAAUGGAAAUAUAUCUGAAUAUGAGGCUUGCUGGAGGAUUCGCAUUCCUAGUUUCAUUGGCUCUAUUGGAAGUUUGAGGUACCUCAACCUGUCUUAUGCUGGAUUCAAAGGAGCCAUUCCUCAUCAACUAGGAAAUCUCACCAUGAUGCGUUAUCUGGACUUGAGCGGGAAUUAUUUUGGAGGGAUUCACAUUCCUAGCUUCAUUGGCUCUAUUGGAAGUUUGAGGUAUCUCGACCUGUCACACGCCAAAUUCAGCGGAGCCAUUCCUCAUCAACUAGGAAAUCUCACCAUGAUACGUUAUCUGGACUUGAGCUUCAAUUAUCUUUAUCUUCAAGGUACUUUUUCUGGAACUGUACAACAGUUACGUGGUGAUAAUUUACACUGGGUUUCAGGUCUUCUUUCAUUACAACACCUUGAUAUGUCAGGGGUAAACCUUAGCAAAGCAGUGGAUUGGACAGAGGUGAUAAGCACGCUUCCUUCUUUGGUAGAAUUGCACUUAGCUGAAUGUGAUCUCAAAUAUUCUUCUCCUUCAACUACCAUUAACUUUACAUCUCUACAUAUCCUCGUCCUUUCUUAUAACAAUUUUGCAUCGUCUAUACCUAAGUGGAUUUUUAGUUUGAAUCAUCUAGUUUCCCUAGAUAUCUGUAAUUGUAACUUUGAUGGCCCAAUUCCCAAUGGUAUUCAAAACAUGACUUCUCUCAAAAUGUUUUAUGACAUAUCAGUUUAUGUAACUUUUAUGGCCCAAUUCCCAGUGGGACCAAUUCCAAUUGGCCUUCUAAACAUGACUAGUCUUAGGGAUCUAGAUUUGGAACUUAAUCUUUUCACUACGUUGCCGAAUGGGUUGUUGUCUAGUCUUAGCCGUCUCGAGUCGAUCAUUCUCAGUGGCAAUCUCUUGCAAGGUGUAAUCUCAGGAGCCAUAGGAAACUUGACUUCCCUCUUUAGCCUUGACAUGUCACACAAUCAACUUGAAGGGAAAAUAGCAACAUCAUUGGGAAAACUAUGCAAGUUGAAGAGAAUUGAUUUAUCAUAUAACAAAUUUGGUGGAGAGGCAGCUGAAGUUUUCAAAAAUUUCUCCCAAUGCAUGUUAGAUGGAUUGGAAUCAAUGUCAUUAGGGAACAAUUAUCUUGGUGGUCAAUUUCCAAAUGAGCUUUACCAAUUCAAAAAUCUAACUUACCUUUCUCUUCAAAAUAACUCCAUUAUUGGUCCCAUUCCGAAGUCGAUCAAUAGAUUAUCAUCCUUGAGAAGUUUACGUCUUUCCUAUAAUCAUUUGACUGGAGUUCUUCCUGAAAGUCUUGGGCAACUUGCAAAAUUAGAAACUUUAGAUCUUUCAUAUAAUCAUUUGAAUGGAAUUCCUAAAAGUCUUGGGCAACUUGUGAUGUUAAACUACUUAGAUGUAUCUCAUAAUUUGAUGAAGGGUGUUGUCUAUGAGAUUCACUUUGCCAAUCUCACAAGAUUAUGGUACUUAGAUGGAAGUAAGAACAAUUUAACUUUGAAAGUGCGUGAUGGUUGGAUCCCCACUUUUCAAGUUGGAUAUUUGAUGUUGGCCUCUUGGCAAUUAGGGCCAUCAUUUCCAGAUUGGCUUCAAUACCAAGAACAAUUAAUAACAUUGGACAUAGCCAACACAGGAAUUUCUGAUUCCAUUCCGCAAUGGUUUUGGCCCAAAAUUUCCAACCUUUGGCAAUUAAAUCUCUCUCGUAACCAAAUUCGUGGAGAGAUUCCAAGAGAAUUUGAGGUUCUCAAUAGUGCUUCUACGAUUGACUUGAGUUUCAAUAACUUCAAGGGUAUGUUACCAUUCAUCUCCUCUACUGUGGAAAGGCUAGAUCUUUCAAAUAAUUCUUUUUUAGGAUCUGUUUACCAUGCCUUAUGUAGUAGGAUGAGGAAACAAAAUUUGCUGAUUGUUCUUAAUCUAGCAAACAAUUAUUUGUCUGGAAGAAUUCCUAAUUGUUGGCAGCAUUGGCAAUAUUUGGAAGUCUUACAAUUAGAAAAUAACCAAUUGAUGGGUACCAUUCCACUGUCUAUUGGACAUUUAGCUUCCCUCAAAUCAUUGCACUUGCGACAUAACAACCUCUCAGGAAAACUACCGCACUCUCUACAACAUUGUAUAAACUUGGUGCUCAUUGAUCUUGGUGGAAAUGAAUUUAUUGGAAGCAUACCUACUUGGAUGGGGAAUUCAUUUUCAAAAUUGGUAGUUCUUAACCUUCGUUCAAAUAAGUUUCAAGGCGGCAUUCCAUAUGAACUAUGUCGUCUAAGUUCUCUUCAAAUCUUGGACCUUGCACAUAAUAAUCUCUCAACAGUUGUGCCAAAAUGUUUCAACAAUUUCACAGCCAUGGUUGAAAAACAAAAUUCAAGUAAUCUCUUUUCUUAUUUUGCAAUGAGUCCUACAUCAGGAGCUCAAGAAAAUGCAUUUCUUGUGACCAAAGGAAGAGAGGUUGAAUAUAGCACCAUCCUUAAAUUUGUUACAAGCAUGGAUCUUUCAGAAAAUAAUUUGUCAGGAGAGAUCCCAAAGGAACUAACUAGACUAGUUGGAUUGCAUUCAUUGAAUCUGUCUGGAAAUCAUUUUACCGGAGAGAUCCCAAAGAAUAUUGGUGACAUGGAACAACUUGAAUCCCUAGAUUUCUCUCUAAACCAGCUUUGUGGUGAAAUUCCUUUAAGCAUGUCAAGUUUGACAUUCUUGAGUCACUUGAAUUUGUCUUAUAAUAAUUUGAUAGGACAAAUUCCAUUAAGUACUCAACUUCAAAGCUUAGAGAAUUCCAGCUUUGUCGGCAACAAACUUUGUGGAUCUCCACUCCCAAACUGUGACACAAACAAGGCAAUACCUAAAGUUGGACAUGGAGGCAAUGAAGGAGAGGGAUUUCCAGAAGUGUGGUUCUAUGCUAUAUCGGCACUUGGAUUUGUUGUUGGUUUUUGGGUUGUGGUGGGUCCUUUACUAUUCAAGAUGUGCUGGAGAAUUGCUUAUUUUCGAUUUCUUGAUGAUAUAUGGUACAACUUCUGUUAG